AUGGUGCGCUACAAAGGAUCCCAGGACGCCAGCUCGAAGAAGUUCAGGGACUUCCUGCAGGAGUGGCCCACUCCAGGCACCGGACCAUACUUUGAUACCACCAUCAACUCCAACAUCACCGGAUUAGUAGGGAAAACCGUUUUGCUUCAUUGCAGAGUUAAAAAUCUCGGAAACAGAACCGUGUCCUGGGUUCGACAUCGUGACAUUCAUCUUCUGACUGUUGGACGGUACACCUACACUUCGGAUCAGAGGUUCGAGGCUUUGCAUUCACCUCACACGGAAGAGUGGACUCUGAGGAUAAGGUAUCCGCAACGCAAGGACACAGGAAUCUACGAAUGUCAGAUUAGUACUACUCCACCUAUCGGGACUUUCGUACAUCUCACCGUCGUCGAACCGAUAACCGAAAUACUGGGUGGAGCAGACCUGUUCAUCAACAUGGGCUCCACCAUCAAUCUGACCUGUCUGGUUCAGUACGCCCCGGAACCGCCGCCCCUGAUGCUCUGGUCCCAUAACUCACAGGUGAUCACCUUCGAUACGCCGCGCGGUGGGAUCAGCCUCGUCACCGAGAAGGGACUCACCACCACCAGCAGAUUGCUCAUCCAGAGGGCAAUACCGUCGGACUCCGGACUCUACACCUGCGCCCCAUCCAACGCCAACUCAGCCACAGUUCGAGUGCACAUCCUCAAUGGAGAACACCCAGCGGCCAUGCAUCAUGGACGAGGACGUUGGUCCACACAGCCGUGCUCCAUCAUCCUGCUCAGUCUGACGAUCGUCCUGAUCCUGCGGGAGCCGACGUAGCGCCAGUGAAUGCAUCAUCGACGUCCGUUCGCUGAAGAAUGAGAGAGAGAUUAGGAGGAGGACGAGGAAACAAACGCAAAACGAUUGACCGCACUGGAUUAGAAUUUAAACGAGGAUUGAAAACAAAAAUAUAAUAAUUAUAUAAAGUACUUGUACAUAUCACAUCGGGAUAAAUAUGAAGAAAAUAAACAAAA